AUGACUAUGUCCUUCCUGCAGUUUACUGAAGAAAAGUUGGGCCAGGCUGAGAAGACUGAACUAGAUGCCCACUUUGAAAACCUUCUGGCCAGGGCAGACUGCACAAAGAACUGGACAGAGAAGAUCUUGCGUCAGACUGAGGUUCUGCUACAGCCAAACCCUAGUGCCAGAGUAGAAGAAUUCCUCUAUGAGAAGCUUGACCGGAAGGUGCCUUCCCGGGUCACCAACGGGGAGCUGCUGGCACAGUACAUGACAGAAGCAGCUAAUGACUUUGGGCCAGGGACACCUUAUGGGAAGACCUUGAUAAAAGUUGGAGAGACUCAAAGGCGCUUAGGUGCAGCAGAACGGGACUUCAUCCACUCUGCCUCCAUCAACUUCCUGACUCCACUGCGCAACUUCCUGGAAGGAGAUUGGCGAACCAUAUCUAAAGAGCGGAGGAUCCUGCAGAACCGCCGCCUGGAUCUGGAUGCCUGCAAAGCCAGGUUGAAGAAAGCCAAAGCUGCCGAGGCAAAAGCAGCGGCAGAACACGAGCUGAGGCUCACGCAGACCGAGUUUGAUCGACAGGCCGAGGUGACACGUCUCCUGCUGGAAGGGAUCAGCAGCACACAUGUGAAUCAUCUUCGCUGUCUCCAUGAGUUUGUGGAGUCUCAGACCAACUACUAUGCUCAGUGUUACCAAUACAUGCUGGACCUGCAGAAGCAACUGGGCAGAUUUUCAGGCACAUUCGUAGGCAACGCGGAAUCCACAUCUCCUCCCCCAGCUGCUACCUCUCCUCCAGCUGUUGCUGCUGCCACACUCCCCACUGUGCCUACUAUUCCAGUUGUGCCCACGAUUGCUGGGGUGCCUAAUACUGUGGCAGAGAGUGUACUGAACCCAAACGAAGUCAAGCCUCCCGCCAGUGGGACACGGAAGGCCAGAGUCCUCUAUGAUUAUGAAGCAGCUGACAGCACUGAGCUGGCACUUCUUGCAGAUGAGAUGAUCACUGUGUACAGCCUGCCAGGCAUGGAUCCAGACUGGCUCAUAGGGGAAAGAGGGAACCAAAAAGGGAAAGUUCCUGUCACUUACUUGGAACUGUUAAGCUAAAUGUCUCCAGGAAGAAGAAUGUACAAGCAGAAUGCACCCUCAUCUCCUGGCACUUCUAACGCGGAUUUCUUCAUCCGAGACCAUUGCUCUCUUCAGGGUUGACACUCUAUUGCUAAUAUGGGAAUUGUGGGGAAAAAAGUGGUAAAACUGUUACAGUAAGGUUUUGGGAAAGGGCUGAUGGCACCCAAGACUGAAUUCGUUAACUACCAGUGCAGCCUGCUUUGAGGUUAGUCUUGAUGGCACGAGAUUCCUUGAUUACUUUUUUUCUACCCUAGUCUUGUUUAUCACAGUGGCUUUCCCAGGGCCAGCAAGCUGUCUCCCUCAGCAGCUGCUCACAGUUUAAGUUACACUUCCCUUUGUGUCUGGUGUGGGUUAGUGCCUGUCUGCCCCUCCCGUCCUCUCUCUUCUUCAGCAGUAGAAUUGCCUAAGUCGAACCAUCAAGCAUUCCGGUGGGGAAGAGUCCCACACAAACCCU